CCAGCGUUGGCUCAGUUCACGAGUUUCGUUGUCGGCAACUUAUCGUUAUCUCUCGUAUGUACGACGACGCACCACCUUUUCACCGCAACUCGAAUCCCGAUUUCGUCGAACGAUACUUCAUCAUUGGAUAAAUGAGAAAUUUCUCUGUACGAAAUCGAAGAAACUGAGGAGAAAAAUAAAAAUCAAAGAAGAAUAAACGCUAAUUGGAUAUCGUGUCUGUUUCGUCGUUCGCUUCGCUGAAUGCAUCUUCGCCGCUCUGUUUCGUUGUACGAUUCUGGAUUUAUUAAUUCUAAUUACACCGACGCACGUGCAACUCGUGAAUUAUCAUGUAGGAAAAUAAUCGUCAAUAGCACGAAAUGAGGCCAGUUCCAACCGCAACACUGAGAACCAGGAAAAGUAGAAACGAAGCUGCAAUUCCGUCGUGUAGUAGCGACCUCCGUAUUUGAGUCUUCGACAAAACGAUCCAUCUUUAAUCUAUAAUUCAUAGGCUUCCUUCGUAUAAAAAAAAAAUAAAACAAAAAAUAAAAAAACCAAAAAAUAAAAAUAAAAUAAAAAAAAAUCCCUUUUCUUACCACGCGAAAUCUAGUCAAUCGGGGAAAUGGCCACAAUGGCGGGUGGCGAAUAUACUUCCGUAAAGGAUUUCUAUCGGGAUAGGUCGAUAUUUAUAACCGGGGGUACCGGGUUUAUGGGGAAAGUACUGGUAGAAAAAUUGCUACGGUCGUGUCCUGGAAUAAAGAACAUCUAUCUACUUAUGAGACCGAAGAAAGGACAGGACGUCCAGCAGAGGUUACAAGAGCUCCUGAACGGUCCGUUGUUCGAGAAACUACGACGCGACUGUCCGCACGAACUGUUCAAAAUAAUACCGGUAGCCGGUGACGUGACGGAACCGGAACUCGGCAUCUCGGAGAGCGAUCAGGCUACCCUGAUUCGUUUCGUCUCGGUCGUAUUCCAUUCGGCGGCAACGGUGAAAUUCGACGAGGCUCUGAAGUUGUCGGUGACCAUAAACAUGCUCGGAACGAAACGCAUCAUUCAACUCUGUCAUCGUAUGCAAAAUCUGGAGGCCGUUAUCCACGUUUCUACCGCUUACUGCAACUGCGACAGAAACGACGUUGGUGAAGAGAUUUAUCCGACACCGCAGGAACCGGAACAAGUGAUCGCCUGCACGGAAUGGAUGGACGACAAACUCAUAGAGGAAUUGACGCCUCGUCUGAUAGCCGGACGCCCGAAUACUUACACGUUCACCAAAGCGUUGGCGGAAAGGAUGCUGCUCAGAGAGAGCGGUUCGUUGCCGGUGGCCAUAGUGAGACCUUCGAUAGUAUUGUCUUCGUUCAAAGAGCCCGUCGCCGGUUGGGUCGACAACUGGAACGGUCCGACAGGAAUCAUAGCGGCGGCAGGAAAAGGUUUCUUCAGAACCAUGCUUUGUCACGGCGACAAAGUUGCGGACUUGGUGCCGGUCGACAUAGUCAUCAAUCUGAUGAUAUGCGCCGCUUGGAAAACGGCGACGCAACGUUCGGACAGCAUCACGGUGUACAAUUGUUGUUCCGGCCAGCAGAAUCCCAUAACGUGGAAGGAAUUCGUCGACUUGUCGUUCAAAUUCAGCCGGCUGCAUCCCGUGAACGACGCGGUCUGGUAUCCGGACGGUUGUUGCCGGAGUUCGGCGGUUAUAAACGCGGUGUGCAGUACCUUUCAGCACACGUUGCCCGCUCACAUGUUGGACUUUAUGGCCAGGCUUAGAGGAUCGCGGCCGAUAAUGGUGCGGGUACAGGCGAAACUGGGCAAGGCCGCGCAAUGCUUGGAGUACUUCAGCACUCAGCAGUGGAACUUCCGGGACGACAACGUCAGGAGAUUGGGUCAACAGCUGAGCGUCGAAGAUAAACAAACGUUCAUGUUCGAUGUAAGCCAAAUCGAUUGGCCCGCGUACCUCGAACAGUACAUACUGGGUAUCCGACACUUCAUUCUUAAAGAGAGACCGGAAACAUUGCCGGCCGCACGUUCUUACAUCAACAAAUUAUUCUGGCUUCACAGAGCGGUGCAGUUUGGCGCACUGUUGGUGGUCAUGCGGAUUCUACUUUCGCGCAGUACAUUGGCUCGUUCCGCGUGGUUUUCAUUGCUGUCUUUCGUACUGCGUAUGUGCCGCAUGAUUGUUUGACGGCUCAGAACCCAAACCGAAGAUAGCGAUAAGCAUAAUAAAAAGCAUAAGCUUUACUCUGAGCAUAAUAUCAAGGCACGGAUAGCCCUUCGACCGAUAUGCUCGGCCACCCUGAUGAGGAAAGGCUGGUAUACGGACUCCCACAAGUUCGCCACUUUAACUAUGGUAAUCGUUUAUAAAUAUUAGCAACGGCUAGAGUAUCGUGCAGGAAAGAGUGGUGGAAUUUCUGGAUCAAAGAGAAAAAAAAAAAAAAAAGAAAAAAAAAUAGAAAAAAAGAAAAAACAUUUUGACGGGUGACGGGUGAAUAGUCGGAUGAAUGUAUGGUCGGACGAAUGGACGGAUGAAUUAGUACGCCGAUUGAGCAUCCCUAUAUAAGCUACACACCGUAACGUAGACGUAGAAGCUUGAAACUAUGAACGUUUGUGAUACAGAAAAUUCGCAAUCACACUUCGUAUAGAGAAGCUUUCUAAUUGCGCAUGUUAGAACAAUUGCGCGAACGCAAUGAAACAUGGGAUAUACCUUAUUCGAACGUUUUUUCGGAGUGUUCACUUCUGAAAAGAUAAUGGAUACUUGUGAAUAAAACAAACACUCGACGAAUGAGAAAUUUUUGUUAUACGAUAUCCAGCACUCUUUUCCUUCGCUCUCGAAUAGAUACUUUGGAAUGGUUUUAAUGGAGGCAGUUAGCCACAAAAAUGAACGAAGAACCGUUGAAAAAUGACAUUCUCAAUAGCAAAGAAGCGAAAUUCGCUCGCGUAGAUAAACGCAAUGGUUCCGAUGAAAAUAUUUCGGUUUUCGAAAGGGUUUUUUUUCAGCCCUGAAGCGAUUCGACGUUGAUGUUCGGUGACGGAUUGACUCGUUUCAUUCAGGUACUUGAAAUAGCUUAUCGUCCAAGUCACACAAAACUCUUGUGGCGAUUUAGAGCCGCUACUACUCAACUGUAAAGGCGUCGAUUGAGACGUUUGAAUACCCACGAACCCUGAAAGUACCCCGACGCGUUUUUGUGUGAAAAUUUUGCUAUUUCUGUUCUGUAUAAAAUUAUGUCCGAUCAAAGUCGAUUGACGAGGUGUAUUUUGUUCGAACAUGUCCAAUUCAUCUUAUGGGAUUAUCAUAAUUAUUGUAGCAUGUGAAGUCUUGAAAAUUUUAAAGGCAUUGGCAACCUAACCUUAUAGUUUACCCUAGGGAAUUGUGCAUUUUUCUUCACAUAAGUUGUAUACCUAUUAUAUGUAUAUGUAUACAUACCUAUACAUGCAUAUAUCGUACUCUGGUAGUAGUUUUAAAUAAUGUAUUAUAAUCUAAAGUCCAAUUAUUAUAAUUGACAAUUUAAACUAUCGCCGUUCUAGCUUCAGCUCUGCGUGUAGGAAUUAAUAAAAAUAGGAUUGUAAAUAUUGCCGAAUUGCGUCGAUUGCCCGAAAAAGAUGGAACGAUGAAUUCGCGAGGGCGGUAUCAAAGUGGUUCUUAGCCAAAUUAAGAAUUUAACGAACUGAUAGUUUCAUAAACUAUAUAACUCAUAACUGCUUUCCAACACAGAACAGCGGAACUAACUAUAACCUGUUCGAAUAAAAAACAAAUUGCUUUUUCACAUGUAUAGUCGAUUAAAACUUAUGAAACUAAAGCUUGCAUUGUGCAAAUAAAAUAUUUAACGUGUUGUAUCAUACCUAGAGAUUUGUGACGAGAAAUUCACAAUGUUUUCUUUAUAAAAAUUAUAUUUAUAGGAUCCCAAAUUUAUAGAAUUCAAUUAUUUCAGUUGCCUGUGCCUUUUGAAAUUAUUAGAUCGCAAGUAAUUCAAUUAAUAAUCGUUUCUUGAGAUAAAGACCAAUAAUAAAGGAAAAAAAAGAGAACAAAACGAAACACGAAUAAAAAUGAUAAAGAAAAAUAAUAAGAGAAAACAACAAGUAACCGUUUGUUACGCACUUCGAAGUGGGCUUCCCAUGAAAAAUAAUAAAAAUAAGAAAUGAUAAAAAAUACCAAAAAAAAAAAAAACGAAAAGAACAAAAAAAACGAACAUUGUUUGGUGACCCAUAGUUCACCGCUGCCAAGAAACUCAUUGAAAUAAAUAAGCGAAAUGAAAAUAAGAUAUAAUAAA